AUGGUUGAUGACUUAGUGCAUCAAUUCACUCCCAAAAACUUACACCACGAUCAGUUGGAGAUUUUUCAUUCUAAUGACAAGGACGAAGUUUUAGACUUGGAUGACAUCAAGAUGGUUAAAGAGGCAUUUGAAAAUGCUAUUGAAAAAGAGAGGCCACCGUGGAGUCAUCAAGUUGAAAAAUUGCCAACAAAUAAUGGAUCCAUUGAAAUCAAGGACACGAAAGGCGGUGAACCAUUCAAGAUUCCAGCAAAUAGAUCAAGGGUAGCAUCAUCAAGUAGUGCAGCUAGGCAAACCGCGAGACAACCAGUCAGACAGUCGGAACCAAAUGUACCUAUGGCUUUUAACCCACAAUAUCACACACUUCAUGAGCAUCUUGAUGACAUCCGUCUGGCAGGUUAUGAGCAUACUCAUCCGAUUACAGGGUUUAUAGUGAUGUAG